AUGCUUACUGCUCUGUGCUUCUUAUUAGCGCAUGCAGCUUGUAUUCUCGCAAAUGUAAUUCUCUUUGGUCGAAUCACGGGAUUAUUUGCCACUACGUCAUUUACUGUUGAUUGUCAUAACCAAUAUGAAAAUUCAGUAUCUACAAUUAUCAAUAAUACUAUAUGUCCUUUUGGUACUGAUCUUAAUCCAUUAAACUAUGAUCGAUUACAUAAACUAUGCCAUUAUGAUAAUAAAACUAUUUCAUCCACAUUAGCUCCAUUAACGCCUUUAUUUUAUGAAAAUGUUAUGCAUCUAGUUUAUUUGUUCUUCGGUAAGUCUAUUGAAUAUGAUGAUUGA